AUGGGAGGUCUAGCUCAUCGUCACUUGCUGCUGAUCUUGGCCUUCCUGAGCGCUGUUUCUCUCGUCUCGACAGCUGAUAAUGCCGUGUAUCCAUCGACUCCAUUAACCCAAGACCACGAGCGUCACGAUGCUGAGCCUAGUCACCUCAACGUCCAGUAUGAUGACCACGAUAAUCAUAAUCAUGAUCAUAACCAUCAUCACGAUCAAAUUAUUAAAUCUCCCAGGGUCGGUCGAUUCUCGCUAAUUGUAUGGGGUCAAGCACUAUUUGCCACUGCAUUAGUAGGUGCUGCACCUGUAGUGGUGUUAUUUAUGGUACCGCUAGGUAUCGGCAAUCAGGAGACACAGCAGCCAUUGCUCCGUGUGUUUUUAAGUUUUGCAGCCGGUGGGUUACUAGGUGAUGCACUUUUGCAUUUGCUUCCCCAUUCACUUCCUCAUGGAGAAUUUCAUACCCAUGAUCAUGAUCAUAUAGAUCAUGACCAUUCCCAUUCCAUAACGGAUCUCUAUGUGUGGCUUUGGACGCUCACCGGUAUAUUAAGCUUUCUCAUGCUCGAGAAAUUUGUACGAGCGCAGACUGGAGGAAGUCACGGUCACUCUCAUGGCCAUACAUGUCCCUCAGUGUCGAUGCAGGACGGUGGUGUGGUGUCUAGCAAGGUACUUACCGCGAGAAAACGCAUUGCGUUCAAGGAUGGCAAAGAUGACACGGAGAUGCCUGGUAGUGAGCCAGUGGGCUUCGCGGAGUUAGAAAAAAAGCCUAUUGCGGCUGCAGGGUAUCUCAACUUGGCUGCAGAUUUCUCACACAACUUUACGGACGGGUUGGCAAUUGGUGCCACGUUUUUACGUGGCAAUGGCUGGACCACAACGCUGGCGAUGCUUCUGCAUGAAUUGCCGCACGAAAUUGGUGACUUUGCUAUUCUCAUCCAGUCUGGAUUUACACGUCGCGAAGCUAUGGCCACGCAGCUGUUGACUGCCAUUGGAGCUAUGAUUGGUACUGUCAUCGGUUUGUUGAUGGAAGGUGCCGGGGACUCGACCUCUGUGUGGAUCUCCCCAUUCACAGCAGGUGGCUUCAUUUACAUUGCAUGUACGAGCGUCAUGCCAGAAUUACUGGAAGACUGCUCUCUCGCUCAGUCAUUGAAGGAGAUGGCGGCCAUGUGUGCGGGCAUUGGACUGAUGGCUCUCAUUGCGCUGGCCGAGUAG